UCACACUCUCUUUUUUUUUUUCUUUCUUUUUUUCUCUGCUAAAGACGCAAACGAAACUAAAGCACAAAAGACAGUAGUAACGCUCUCUUUCUUGAAUAAGCGACAAUUCAAAAUGUCGACCCAGAAUCGUCGCUCGUCGUUUUCCUCCUCAACGACGUCGUCUUUGGCCAAACGCCAUGCAUCCGCCUCAACGACGUCGUCUUUGGCCGCCGCUCCUACAAACAUGGCCAAGAAGCGGCCUCCUCUCUCCAACCUCACCAACACCGUUGCUCACCGCAACUCUUCCUCUUCGGUUCCAUGCGCAGCUAAAUUUGCCAAGACCAAGAAAGACGUUGUUCCGGCGUGUUCAGGGAACAAAAGGCCCACAUUGGCGAAUGUGAAACCCGCUAGCGCAGUUAUUUUUCCGAAGGCUAAUUCUUUCCCUGUAAAGAAUGAAGCUCCACCAACUCCUCCUCCUCCAGUUGCCACCGUUACUGUUCCGGCUCCGGUGGUGGAUGUUUCACCUAGUAAAUCAGAUACAAUGUCCGUUUCUACGGAUGAGUCAAUGUCCUCUUGUGACUCCUUCAAGAGCCCUGACAUUGAAUAUGUGGACAAUAGUGAUGUUGCAGCCGUUGAUUCAAUUGAGAGGAAAACAUUCAGCCAUCUCAACAUCUCUGAUUCUACAGAAGGGAACAUAUGUAGUAGAGAGAUACUUGUUGAGUUGGAGAAGGGGGACAAAUUUGUCAAUGUUGAUAAUAAUUACGCGGAUCCUCAGCUCUGUGCAACCUUUGCUUGUGAUAUCUACAAGCACCUUCGUGCAUCUGAGGCAAAGAAAAGGCCUUCCACAGACUUCAUGGAGAAAAUUCAGAAGGAGAUAAACUCCAGCAUGCGUGCUAUAUUGAUUGACUGGCUUGUCGAGGUGGCUGAAGAGUAUAGACUAGUACCUGAUACAUUGUAUUUGACAGUAAACUACAUUGAUCGGUAUCUAUCAGGGAAUGUGAUGAACAGACAAAGGUUACAGUUACUUGGUGUUGCCUCCAUGAUGAUUGCCUCUAAAUACGAGGAAAUUUGUGCACCUCAGGUGGAGGAAUUUUGUUACAUAACUGAUAACACAUACUUCAAAGAAGAGGUUUUGCAGAUGGAAUCUGCUGUCCUGAAUUUUCUCAAGUUCGAAAUGACAGCCCCAACAGUAAAAUGUUUCUUAAGAAGAUUUGUUCGUGCAGCUCAAGGAGUUGAUGAGGUCCCUUCGCUACAACUAGAGUGCUUGACAAACUAUAUUGCUGAAUUGUCUCUCAUGGAGUACAGUAUGCUUGGUUAUGCUCCAUCACUUGUAGCCGCUUCAGCAAUUUUCCUGGCCAAAUUCAUACUUUUCCCUUCAAAGAAACCAUGGAAUUCCACAUUACAGCAUUACACCUUGUACCAGCCUUCUGAUCUGUGUGUCUGCGUAAAGGAUCUUCACCGUCUUUGUUGCAACAGCCCUAAUUCUAAUUUGCCUGCAAUUAGGGAGAAAUACAGUCAGCACAAGUACAAAUAUGUGGCCAAGAAGUACUGCCCUCCUUCAAUACCCCCAGAAUUUUUUCAGAAUUGAGCAGAGAUGACAGUCUAAUUUUCGGUUGGGAUAGGCUUAGAUUGACGUAACUUCUUGUCUCCGGAGAAAGAUGCUUUCUCUCACACUGUACAAUGUAGUUGUCAACCCCUUCCGUCUCAAUUAGAAUUCUUGCAUCUGCUUUCAUUGACGUGCAUACUCUUAUGCCCACAAAUUCACAAAAAAAUCAACGCUUCAAGAAGCGACUUGUAUUAUUAGCUAAGCUAGUGCUUCAGUAGCAUCAUUAAUAGCUAAGCUACUACUCUUGCAACAGUUUGGAAGGUAUAAAAUCUAGGUGCAUUACCUAGUAUGCAUUGA